GAUGGAGGAAUAGGCAUUUCUAUCCCCAGCAUUGUGUAUGGACUGUGACCUGGGAUCUGCCAGUGACAUCCCAAUAUGGCCAGUAGAAGGACACUAGGAACUGUCCUGGAUUUGGUCCCAGGGAAGAGGCGAUUUGGUAUCUAUCGAUUCCUUCCUUUCUUUUUUGUCCUGGGUGGUGCCAUGGAAUGGUUCAUGAUCAAUGUUCGGCUUGGCAGGGAAACAUUUUAUGACGUAUACAGAAGACGUCAGUCAGAGAGAGAAUUUGAAGAAAAAGCUCAGCAGGCAUCAGCAAAAUCCUGACAUCUUUAUUUAUGGAUUCGGAUUAGU